UCUCCUACUCCUUCUCCCUCUUCUCCCCCUUCUCAUGCCUGGCUUUGCGUUGUGUUUUUCUCGCGCUCGGAUCUUGUUUCUCUAGACUUCGUUGUGUACAUCCAAGAUUUGUCGGGCUAACUCACCGCUAUGCCGUCGCUUCCGCCUCUCCCUAACGUCCCUGUGAAAUAUGCGGCUCCCGCGGUUGCCACAUUGCUCGCCUACCUGAACGCAAGAUGGUCCUUCUUCUAUGACUAUCAGCUUAUCACCACCUUGCUCGCGAUAACCCUUAGGGUGAAACUGGCCACUCGUCAGGACCGCCUGAAUUUUUUCUAUAUACUUGAGAAACACGCCUUGGCUCCCAAGUCUGCGAACCGACCAUUCAUCGUUUACAACGGCCAAACAUGGACAUACCACGAAGCGUAUCAGACCGUUCUCCGAUAUGGACAAUUCUUCAAGCAGAAUCUGGGCGUCAAGCCGAAGGAGAUUGUCGCCCUGGACUUUAUGAACUCGGCCAAUUAUAUUUUCAUUUGGAUGGGCUUGUGUAGCAUCGGAGCCGUUCCGGCGUUCAUCAACUAUAACCUCAGUGGGAAACCACUGACCCAUUGCAUCAAAGUAUCCACCGCCAGAGUGUUGAUCGCCGACGAGGAGAUUCGGAGUCAUUUCUCCGAGGAGCAGCUAGCUACAAUAUCGUCUGCCGACUUUCGAGAUGGAAAGGGAGGGGUGGAAGUGGUCUUCUUUAACCGGGAGGUUGAGACUCAGGUCCUACAGAUGCCCGCUAUUAGAGAAGAAGAUAGCGUGCGUAGCUUUUCGAAACCUAGCGACAUGACUUUGUUAAUAUUCACGAGUGGCACUACUGGAUACCCAAAACCUGCCCUUGUCGGUGUGUCAAAGUGCUGGGCUGGAAGUAUCUUCAUUGGCAAUUGGCUGAAGCUGAAGCCUGAUGAUCGAAUCUUUACCUGUAUGCCUCUCUAUCAUGCAACAGCGGCUAUUCUAGCUUUCACCGCUACACUUUUUAACGGGUCGACGAUCGUGAUUGGCCAUCGCUUCUCGACUCGGAACUUUUGGAACGAAGUUCGUGAUAGUGACGCGACGGUUAUCCAGUACGUCGGCGAAACCAUGCGCUAUCUUCUCGCUGCUCCUCGUCAAACUGACCCUGUUACUGGCGAGGACCUUGACAAGAAGCAUAAGGUGCGUUUGGCGUACGGAAAUGGCAUGCGGCCAGACGUAUGGAGCCAAGUAAAGGAGCGUUACGGCAUCGAAACGAUUGGCGAGUUUUACUCGGCUACCGAGGGUUUCUCUGGACACUGGAAUCUAUCAUCCAAUGACUACACUGCUGGUGCAAUUGGCCGAAAUGGAUACAUCGGGGAACUCAUCCUGGGAGGCACUAUGGCUGUUGUUGAAGUCGACCAUGAAUUACAGACUCCACGGCGCGACUCAGUCACCGGACUCUGCCGACGUGUGCCGCGAGGAGAACCGGGCGAGUUGCUAUAUGCUCUAGAUCCGCAAAACAUUUCAGACAAAUUCCAGGGCUAUUAUAAUAACGCAAAAGCGUCGGAGACCAAGAUCAUACGAGACGUCUUUGUCAAGGGUGACGCAUGGUUCCGCACUGGCGAUACUAUGAGAUGGGAUCCUGAAGGUCGAUGGUAUUUCACCGACCGUAUUGGGGACACGUUCCGAUGGAAGAGUGAAAACGUAUCAACCAGCGAGGUGGCCGAAAUCCUCGGCAGCCAUCCCGAUAUCUUCGAAGCGAACGUGUAUGGCGUUUCCUUGCCUCACCACGACGGACGCGCGGGCUGCGCCGCCGUCGUUUUCAAGAGCGGGUUAAUUGACGUCCCUACGCAGGUAUUGGACUCGCUUGCUGUGCAAGUGAUUUCCAAUCUGCCUAGCUAUGCGCUGCCACUCUUCCUCCGGGUGACUGCAGAAUUAGAGCGAACGGGGAACAACAAGCAGCAAAAGCAUGUUCUCCGCGAGCAGGGAGUGGACCCCAGCAAAGUCUCCCCCAACGAUCGCCUGUACUGGCUACAGGGCAACAAAUACGUACCCUUCACUCCUGCCGACUGGGCGCAACUCUCUGCGGCCCAAGUCAGGCUAUAAGUAUACGACUUGGAUGAACUGUUCUAGAAGACAGCAUAAUGGCACCGUUACGAUUGAUACCCAUGCCCAUGACCGACCAACCUUUGUACCGUAUCCGCACCUGGACGAGUAGCAUAUAUGCAUAUAUCUAUAUAUAUUCUAACGACAUUUCCUAUCUUUUUGUAGAAUCACCAACACUGGCUCGCAAAGGCCAUGUUGGAGCCGAGUCGGCUGUAUGCAUGGAACCAAUCAGGCUAGUUUCUCCACACGCAGUGCCGAAUCCGAUCACAGUCGGCUAUCUGCUCAGUAUGCCCUCAGCAUCAAUUCCUUUAUAGAUCGCUGUUCGACUUAUUUUAAUAAUUAAUAUCGAGAAUGAACCUGUAACCCACAAGGA